UCGUAGGUUCAGCCGGCACCGAGUGUGCGUAGGUCGAAGGUUCCUUCCGCUUCGCGUCUCCGUUGACUGGAGACAGGCGGAGCGUCGGCGCCCAGGUUCGGUGGCCUCUAGUGAGAUCCGGAGGAUCCAAGAAUUCUGUAGCUACAAUGUUGUCAAGACUUUUCCGAAUGCACGGCCUUUUUGUGGCCUCCCAUCCCUGGGAAGUCAUAGUGGGGACGGUGACACUGACCAUCUGUAUGAUGUCCAUGAACAUGUUUACUGGUAAUGAUAAGAUCUGUGGUUGGAAUUAUGAGUGUCCAAAAUUUGAAGAGGAUGUGUUAAGCAGUGACAUUAUAAUUCUGACAAUAACACGAUGCAUAGCAAUCCUGUAUAUUUACUUCCAGUUCCAGAAUUUACGUCAGCUUGGAUCAAAAUAUAUUUUGGGUAUUGCUGGCCUCUUCACAAUUUUCUCAAGUUUUGUAUUCAGUACAGUUGUCAUUCAUUUCUUAGAUAAAGAAUUGACAGGCUUGAAUGAAGCUUUGCCCUUUUUCCUACUUUUGAUUGACCUUUCUAGAGCAAGUGCUCUAGCAAAGUUUGCCCUCAGUUCCAACUCACAAGAUGAAGUGCGGGAAAACAUCGCUCGUGGAAUGGCAAUUUUAGGUCCCACGUUCACCCUUGAUGCUCUUGUAGAAUGUCUAGUGAUUGGAGUUGGUACCAUGUCAGGGGUGCGUCAACUUGAAAUUAUGUGCUGCUUCGGCUGCAUGUCCGUUCUUGCCAACUACUUUGUGUUCAUGACUUUUUUCCCAGCUUGCGUUUCCUUGGUCUUAGAGCUUUCUCGGGAAAGCCGGGAGGGUCGUCCAAUUUGGCAACUGAGCCAUUUUGCUCGAGUUUUAGAAGAGGAAGAAAAUAAACCAAAUCCCGUUACUCAGAGAGUUAAGAUGAUUAUGUCUCUAGGCUUGGUUCUUGUUCACGCCCAUAGUCGCUGGAUAGCUGAUCCUUCUCCUCAAAACAGUACGGCAGAAAAUUCUAAGGUUUCUUUAGGAUUGGAUGAAAAUGUGUCAAAGAGAAUUGAACCAAGUGUUUCCCUCUGGCAGUUUUAUCUCUCUAAAAUGAUCAGCAUGGAUAUUGAACAAGUUAUUACCCUAAGUUUAGCUCUCCUUCUGGCUGUCAAGUACAUCUUCUUUGAACAAGCUGAGACAGAAUCUACACUCUCAUUAAAAAACCCUAUCACAUCUCCUGUAGUGACUCCCAAAAAAGUCCCAGAUGAUUGUUGUAGACGUGAACCUAUACUGGUCAGAAAUAGCCAGAAAGUCCAUACAGCUGAGGAGGAGAUAAGAAUAAACAGAGAAAGAAAAGUUGAGGUCAUAAAACCCUUAGUGGCAGAAACUGACACUCCAAACAGAGCUACUUUUGUGGUUGGUAACUCCUCCUUACUUGAUACUUCGCUGGAACUAGAGACACCAGAACCUGAAAUUGAACUCCCCGUGGAGCCUCGGCCUAAUGAAGAAUGUCUACAGAUACUUGGGAAUGCAGAGAAAGGUGCAAAAUUCCUUAGUGAUGCUGAGAUCAUCCAAUUAGUCAAUGCUAAGCAUAUCCCAGCUUACAAAUUGGAAACUCUGAUGGAAACUCAUGAACGAGGUGUAUCCAUUCGCCGACAGUUACUUUCCCGAAAACUUCCAGAGCCUUCUUCUCUCCAGUAUCUACCAUAUAGGAACUAUAAUUACUCCUUGGUGAUGGGAGCCUGUUGUGAGAAUGUUAUUGGAUAUAUGCCCAUCCCUGUUGGAGUGGCAGGACCUCUGUGCUUGGAUGGAAAGGAAUUUCAGGUUCCAAUGGCAACAACAGAAGGGUGUCUUGUGGCCAGUACUAAUAGAGGCUGCAGAGCAAUAGGUCUUGGUGGAGGUGCCAGCAGUCGAAUCCUCGCAGAUGGGAUGACUCGAGGCCCCGUGGUGCGUCUUCCCCGUGCUUGUGACUCUGCGGAAGUGAAGGCCUGGCUUGAGACACCUGAAGGAUUCACAGUGAUAAAGGAGGCUUUUGAUAGCACCAGCAGGUUUGCACGUCUGCAGAAACUUCAAAUGACUAUGGCUGGUCGCAAUCUUUAUAUUCGUUUUCAGUCCAGGUCAGGUGAUGCCAUGGGGAUGAACAUGAUUUCAAAGGGCACAGAGAAGGCACUUUCAAAACUUCAUGAGUAUUUCCCUGAAAUGCAGAUUCUAGCAGUUAGCGGUAACUACUGUACUGACAAGAAACCUGCUGCUAUAAAUUGGAUAGAGGGAAGAGGAAAGUCUGUGGUUUGUGAAGCUGUCAUUCCAGCCAAGGUUGUCAGAGAAGUAUUAAAGACUACUACAGAAGCUAUGAUUGAGGUCAACAUUAAUAAGAACCUGGUGGGCUCUGCCAUGGCCGGGAGCAUUGGAGGCUACAAUGCCCACGCGGCGAACAUUGUAACUGCCAUCUACAUUGCCUGUGGACAGGAUGCAGCACAAAAUGUUGGUAGUUCAAACUGUAUUACUUUAAUGGAAGCAAGUGGUCCCACAAACGAAGAUUUGUACAUCAGUUGCACCAUGCCAUCUAUAGAGAUCGGAACUGUGGGUGGUGGGACCAACCUGCUCCCUCAGCAAGCCUGUUUGCAGAUGCUAGGUGUCCAAGGAGCAUGCAAAGACAAUCCUGGGGAGAAUGCCCGGCAGCUUGCCAGGAUCGUGUGCGGUACAGUAAUGGCUGGGGAACUGUCACUGAUGGCCGCAUUGGCAGCUGGACAUCUUGUCAAAAGUCACAUGAUUCACAACAGGUCAAAGAUAAAUUUACAAGACCUCCAAGGAACUUGCACUAAGAAGGCUGCUUGAAUAGCCUGACUGCUCUGAACUGAAACAUGGGCAUUGGGUUUUAAAGGACUAACAUAAAAUCUGUGAAUUAAAAAGCUCAGUGCGGUGGUAUGUUGAGAAUGAAUAACAUGAUCUGUGAGACAACGACUGCUUGGUGUUUGGCUGUUUCAGAAAGGUCUGAGAUCCUUCUUUCCACGCAGAUUUCUCAGAUCUAAAAAUAGUGUAAUAGUUUACAUGCUGUGCUCUCUGGAAGGAUCUCAACAAGAAUACCAUACUUUAAAGCGUCACAGAUGGUAAUCUACAGCUCACUUCUGAAAGAGAAUACAAGCUGGAAAAAAGUGUUUUGAUGAAAUCCAUGGAGUUCGUGAUGAUCAGUGUGAGAUUGACCCUCCUCUCUAUCCUCCCUUCCCCUCUGGUUGAAAAUGGAUUUUUAAAUUAUACUGUAGCUGACAAACUGAUUUCAUAGUUAAUUUAUUAAGUCUGGGUUAUAGGACUUCAAGAGUUAAGAGCGAAGUUUAUUUUUUUGUAAACUAAUACUUCAUUUGGUGCUGGUCUAUUUUGAUUUCUCUUUGGGGUAGCCAUUGUGAUUCUUCAGAAGGGGACCUCCUUUCUUCAAGGGAAGAAUUACUCUUAUUCCCAAACUAUUGAAUUAUGUGCUAAGCAGUGCUAAAUCAUUCUAUCAAGAAAACAAAUCACUGCAUUAAUCUCUGCAGGCUAUUUGUUCAGAGAGGCCUUUUGUCUAAGUAUAAAUGUUUGUCUAGAUGGCUAGAACGCAUCUUCUAGCAUAAGGCUUUAAGGAACAGAGUUUUGCAUUCUUUGUUAAAGAUACAAGAGCUCUUUAUGUUGCUUAGACAAAGGUGACUCUCUUCAUCAAGAACUUGUAAGUCUGUGACCUCUCAGAACUCAGAGGGUAGAAAACAGGUUGGAAAGAAAAAUAUCAUUUCUCUAAGCCAACUUUAUUUACUUAAAAGACAAUUAAAUUUAUUUAGUGGAAAAAUCUAGGUGUUUUGUAAAGAACUGUUAUCAAAUCUGUAUAUGUUGUAAUAAAGCUUCUUCUGCUAGGAGUUCAUUGAAAGUGUUAAGAAAUAAAUAAAAAUCAACUUGUAUACGGAUAAAACAUUCUAAGCUUGGGCCAGAGAAGACAGUGUUUUUUAAUGUUGUCCAAGAAACCCUGGCUUGCUUGUCGAGCCGGAUGAAAGGGAAAUCAGCUUUCAGAGCCAGUGAAGGUGCCACGUGAAUGGCCCCAGAGGAGUGAGCUUCAUUCCUGCGGCCAGGAGGUUGGUGACUGAAACAUUCACAUGGGGCUCCUUGAUAGACCCAUAAAAGCUCUUAGCUUCCUCAGCAGAGUUGUUGAAUUUUAAUUUUUUCUUAAUGUACAAAUUUUGUAUAAAUAAUAAAGAACUCCUUAUUUUAUAUUACAUUUAAUGCUUCAAGUGUUAGUCUUGGAGAGAGAAGAUGGACUCUGAAGAACAUUCCAGUAAUGCCGUGGCAGCAUGGAGAGCCUCUGAGUGAUUGUGUCUGCAGUACUGUUGUGGAAGAUUGAUCUUUGCUGUUGGAUGUAAAGUUUAAAUUGCUUCUCUUGAGACUUUCAGUCAGUGACUUAUUUAUCCAAACUUUUCAUGGAAGUGGCAGUGAAAAGUGUGAGUCUUCAUUCUGGUGACUGUAAUCAAUAUUGUCUUGCUAAAUUAAUGUUUUGUACAAAGACUAAAUUGUAUACAUUUUGUUAUACUUUUUGCCUAGUUACAGUAAAUUAUGAAAAGAAAGUUGAUGCUGAUCAGUGUAAACAGUAACCUUUUCUUGUUUGGAUUAACCCUUGGCCUGAGGCCCUGGAAGCUUGAAAUCAAGUCUCACUAGAAUGGUAACCUAGUAAUUUCUGCUAGGUGUCCUAUGACCGUUCAUCAUUUUCCAUUAUGUGCUCCAGUUCCUCUGACAUUAAUGGCAGGCCAGUUUUGUAUGCAUAUUAAAAUAUUUUAUACUUUAGAGAA